GCAAACAGCCCUACGCCGCUUCGGUCCUUCGCGCGAGAAACGGAGUUCAAGAAAUGGAGUCACCAAGCAAAUCGGAGAGCAUUUGCAGAGACCCGAGAAUUGUUGAAGAUGAUGAUGAUGCUGAUCCGCCAUUGCUGAGCUCUCAUGCCCUAGCUGCACUCAAGGAGUUCCUUACCGAGCAAACCCAGCCCUCCACUGAACCUCACUUAGAAAAUGGAGUUUCCGAGGACUCAGAGGUCGCUUUAGUGGCGGAGGAUUGGAGGCUGAGUCAAUUCUGGUACGACCGCGAUACGGCGGAGACAGUGGCUAAUGAGGUUCUUACGCUAUGCCAGAACUUUAAUUCUCCUCGUGUCGCCUGUAUUGCUUGUCCGACUCUCUACACCUAUCUGAAGAAAAUUGGUCCCCAUGUAUCUGCACAACUGCUUGAGUAUGACAAACGCUUUUCCCAACAUGGUAGUGAAUUCACAUUUUACGAUUACAAUGAACCAGAAGAAUUGCCGAUGGAAUUGAAGCACAAUUUUCAGAUUGUUGUAGCAGAUCCUCCUUACCUGAGCAAAGAAUGUUUGGAGAAAGUCACUCGUACAAUUUCUUUCCUAGCACAACAUAGUGAAUCUUACCUGCUAUUACUAACAGGAGAAGUGCAAGCAGAAAGAGCAGCUGAGCUAAUGGGUUUUCAUCCGUGUGGUUUUAGGCCACACCACUCUAGCAAGCUCGGAAAUGAGUUCCGGCUGUUCACGAACUAUAAUCCGGGGAUGAGAUUAGGAGGUUGGGAGCAAUAGAUCUUGGAUCACUAUUUGAGGCAUAUGUAUCAGAAAUCUUUCUGUGUUCCCCUGAACCUCAUCAUUUUUUAUUCCGUUACAAGUGGUGGUGUUGGUUCAAGCCUACAAGGGAAGAAGGAUUUUUUGAGAAUGUAUGAACUUUUAAAAGUGGAUGGAUCCAGAAGCCAAAAUGCAACUGUUGGAGCGUGAUUAAGUUAAAAUACUGAGGAAAACAAACACUCGGUAUUAUUUGUAACGGAAAGAUUUAAGAGCUUCAUGAUUUCUAUUUUGAAUGUGACUUCGACUCAAAUUGUUGGGUACACGAUUGUAACUUUUGGAGAGUCUGUAGUUGCAUAACUUCUUUGAGAGGUUCUGAUGAUUUCUGCUGUGUUUUCUUAAAAAUAACGAUAAAAGAAUUUUAGUAAUUAAUGUGUGUCUAUUUGUGUACAAUUAAUUUCA